GGCACACACAGCAAGGCUUAUUCUGGAGCUGCUCUUUACAAGAAACGAAAACUCUCGUAUUUGGGAUCGACGGUCGGCUCGGAACAAUAAAGCCUUAGUUCGAGCAAAGUAUUGCCAGCUAGUUAAAGGAAUAUUUCCAGCAGGCUCCAAAUGCAUCUCGCUGAACACUCAGCAGCUCGCUAAAUAUGCCCCUGGGGCAGAACCGCUCUGGUAAUUAUAAAGACCCCCCAACAGCAUCCUCUUGGGUCAGCGCGCUGCCUGUUGCCCCGUUUGGGAGGCCACUCAGUGGUGCGGGCUGGAUUUGUACCCAAGACUUGGGCAUCCCUCCCUGCCAAGAGCGGCUGUUUUGGCCGGGGAAAAGCUGACUGUUUGAUUUGGGAGGCCGGACCAGAGCCGCUUGGAUGCUGACCCUUGUCUCCUGUGUCGGCAGAGUGGUGGUCCUCUUGGCGGCUGUUUCGGUGACCACGUCCAUCACCAUGUCAGGAGAAUGGGGAGAAGAAGGGGUGACGUAUGCCCAGCUGGGGAAAGAAGUGAUCCUGACGUGCGCUGGAGCAAGUCCCGGCUCCUUGGUGGAAUGGCGGUGGAACGGAGGCACCGUCCUCCCAGAAGACUCGGCGGUGCAGGCUGGACAGCUUCUCCUGUCCCACACCCAGCUCUCCUCCGAAGGGGUCUACAGCUGCCACGACACCAGCGGGGUCCUCCUCAGCUCCACUGUGCUCCGUCUCGGACGCCUGCCAGGGAAGCCUUCCAUCUUGUGCACGGCACCAAACUAUGAGGACCUUUCCUGCUUCUGGGCUUCCACCGUCGAGACCUUCCUGCCCACCAGAUACAUCACUUCCUACAGGAGUGGAUCCCUGGAUCUUGAAUCCAAGAAGCAAAGGUCUCUGCCCAUUGUGGAGGGCCCCUGCAUCCAGGAUCCUGCCCACCCGUUCUCUUGCACCAUCCACCAGUCCCUGUUCUGGACCGGCUACUGGAUCAACGUGACGGAGGUGAAUCCGCUGGGCUCCAACUUUCGCCUCCUGAACGUCAUCAUGCAAGGCAUCAUCAAGCCAGACCCACCGGAGCAUCUUCGGGUAGAGCCAGUGCCUUCGGUGCCCAACCGGCUGCAGGUGAGCUGGGAAUACCCUUCCAGCUGGACCAAGGAGUUUCACUUCCUGCUCAAGUUCCGCCUGCGAUACCGACCCGUCACCUCCACUUCCUGGGCUAUGGUGGAGACGGCCAACGUGUCCGAGGUGAUAACAGAUGCCUUCCUGGGCUUGCUGCAUGUGGUCCAGGUGAGCGCGAAGGACUUCCUGGAUGCUGGGAGCUGGAGCGAGUGGACCCCUGAAGCGUGGGCCAUGCCGGCCACGGGACAAACUUUGGUACCCAGCGAAACAGCCACUGCAGCCAUCAAGGCAGAAAGCCCAGCGGAGGAGCCUUCUCUGGCCCCCAACAAUGGCCCCAUUGGCCACAGCGACCCCACGGAGAAGGUGGCGGUUCUGGUGUCGCUGGGCGUCUUUGCCUUCUUUGUCCUGGCGGUGAUUCUGGUCUUCGCCUUUCUGAUGUGGGUCCGAAUGAAGAAGCACAGCAAAGAGGCCACGAAAAACCACGACCUCCUUGCCGCUGCCAUCCACAUGAAGGCCUUGCCCAAAGCUCAGAUCUUGUAGCAAGGACCUCUCCCCCCUCCCCACUGGCAGCAGACCCCCCACGCCAACAAGAGGGACAUCAGCGCCACUGACCUCGCCAGUCGCAGCUACAUAUUGACUGGGGGGCACUGAGGAUGCCCCUCUACUGACCCCACCACCAUGGAAGGACUCUCUUGGGAAAGAAGCUCAUCAACAGGACAUUUGGGGGUGGUGUAUUGGCCCUGGGGGGCACCCCUGCUGGCUGAGCACCAGCCCCCCCAAGACAUCCUCUUCUCCCCAUUUCCUCAUGCAGACUGAAUGCUGUUUUGGGACUGACCGGCAGCCUCUGAACAGCUAAGGAGGAGGAGAAUGUUGAGAUUUCGUUGCCCACCGAGCCUGGCAGGGGGCGCCAGUAGGUGUUGGCUGGCACAGCUUGGGGCAAAAGGACC